AUGGGGAGGGCUUUCAGUUCACAAUGGACGCGUGGCACAAGACAGCGUAUAACACUAUUACUGUUGUACUCCGUUUUGGUGUUCUGGCAAGCGGUAUCUGCUUUACCUUUUUUGCGCCAACUUAAACUCCAUACAUUAAAGCGUUUGUGCGGGGAACUGCCGCUUAGCAAAACCAUUUUGAAUAUGCCAAAGUGGAAACAAAUAGGUUUCAUAAAAAGAUUCUCCAGGUUAUCAACCUGGCGCGAAAAUGAGAGACUUUGGGAAAUUGUUUCCCAUUCCGGGUCCCACGUUUUCAGAUGA